AUGAAAUUCCUGUUUGAGACACAGAAAAAGGAACUUCGGUAUUUACGCGACAUGCUGCAGUCAGUGGACACUAGAUCGGCUCAGUCAUCAGACCCACCGGCGACGGCGACAAACGACAAGAAUCAUAAGGCGACUGCUGACCUGCACGAUACUGACUUGAAAACUGGAAAUCGGUUGAAUGCGGAUCUGAACGACGACACCGUGGGCGGUGCCGAGGUUUCGGCGACCUCGCCCAAUGCUGAUGGCGUUCAGAUAAGUGAUGAUGUUGGAGAUGACUAUUAUGUGCAUUCGGGGGAAGCCCCGACGAACUACUACAGAUCCUUUGUGAAACGGCGUCCAGGAGAUCCACGGCUUGGUGCGAUGUGGACGCAGCGCCGCAACGGCUAA